UUAUUUCUUUGAUAACCUGUUAGGAGAGGCUCUGGUGCUGCUCCUCUACACUUGACCUGAAGGUAUCCGCGGCAUGCUACUGUCGGUGGAUGCCAGCGCUGACGCCGCCAUACAUGCCUACACCAUCGGAGCCAAUAACACCGGUACAUGCCGAUCUUCUUAGAGAAAUGUAACGAUAUCUGCGGUCCAGACGGAAACAUCUGCCAGCAGUCGCUGUGACAGCUUGAGACGGAAGGCGUGGCUGCGUGUUUAUGUCAAGCCGCAGCAGUAGCCAGCUGACUACACGGCAACUUGCUCGAUCUCUCGAGGGCUGUAAACGUGUGCUGAAGUGUCACCCCUGCCUGGGUGCCAUGGUCCUCUGUUACACAUGAGCUCUACUAUGUGGUACAUCAUGCAGAGCAUUCAGAGUAAAUACUCCUUGUCCGAGCGGCUCAUCCGCACCAUCGCCGCCAUCCGCUCAUUUCCACACGACAACGUGGAGGAUCUCAUUCGUAAGGGCGCUGACGUGAACCGGAUGCAUGGGACCCUCAAACCCCUUCACUGUGCCUGUAUGGUAGCCGAUGCCGACUGUGUGGAGCUGCUGUUGGAGAAAGGCGCAGAGGUGAAUGCUCUGGAUGGUUACAACCGCACGGCGCUGCACUACGCCGCGGAGAAGGACGAGAGCUGCGUGGAGCUGCUGCUGGAGUACGGCGCCCAGCCGAACGCGCUGGACGGCAACAAGGACACGCCGCUCCACUGGGCCGCCUUCAAAGACAACCCGGAGUGUGUGAGGGCCCUGCUGGAGAGCGGGGCCUGCCCCAAUGCCCGGGACUACAACAAUGACACGCCUCUGAGCUGGGCAGCCAUGAAGGGCAAUCUGGAGAGCGUCAAGGUUCUGUUAGACUACGGCGCCCAGGUCCACGUGACCAACCUGAAGGGUCAGACUCCUAUAUCCCGGCUGGUGGCCCUGCUGGCCCGAGGUCUGGGCACAGAACAGGAGGAAGAGUGCUUGGAGCUGCUUUGCAGAGCGGCGGGGCGCUUCGAGAUCCGGCGGGCUGACGGCACCCUCCCCAAAGAGCUGAGCAAAGACCCCCAGCUGCUGGCGAGGCUGUCCAACAUGGUGGCUCAGGCGCCCACGCUGCGCUCGCUGGCACGCUGCGCCAUACGGCAGAGCCUAGGAGUGCAGUUCCUCCCCACCGCCGUGAAAGAGCUUCCCUUACCUGAAACGGUUAAAGACUAUCUACUACUGAGAGACUGAUGACGGCGACGGCGGCGGAUCCUCAGACCUCAUGGGCUGAUGAUUAAACCGCUCGUCAUAACGCAUUUAUUGGCAAGUCGAUACAGAUGUAUGUCUUUUUUUUAUUGUCUUGUAUUUACACAACAUCUGGAUGAGGAGUGAUUUAACUGCAGACUGCUGUGUUUAAUCAGUGUCAUGUGAACGAACAAGGCAGGACUUGCACAUUUUCAACUAAACAGCUGUUGGUUUUUCUUUUGCAGUCCGGUAGCAAAAAGAAGCAAAAAACCCCUUCCCACCCCGCCAAACUAAAGCAUCAGAUUUGCUCGACUUCCUCGUGGGAAUAAACCAAGAUCAAACAAGUCCUUUGAUCACUUAGCUAUGUUCUAAAAAGCUAUUCAUUAGAAUAUUUUAGAAUGCUUAUUAUUACUCAUUUUUGCUUGAUUGGGUUUGUAAAUGAAACUGUGUCGUACUCAGAAGACGGCUUUGUUUAAAAAAUGAUAAUAAACGUACAGUGCCAUGCUUUCAGCAUGCGGGAAUAAAAAAAAACAACAACCCAGUUGAUGAAUGAUGUCGUAAUUAUGAAGGUUUUCCAGUCAUUUUAUGAGACGCUAUAUGUACAAUACCUGGGAAGAGUAACCAUAACCCUUUAACUUCUCCACAUUUUACCACGCGACAGCCACAAAUUUUCAAUGCAUUCUUUUUAUGUUUGUAUAGAUUUAAAAAGUAAAUUAUAUUUAUGGUGAGACAAUAAUCGAUGCUUCAAAGUGGUGACCGCCUUCUUUACAAUAUAGUUCAAACUCAUUCAGAUUACAUGGAGAGCUUCUCUGGACAUCUGUGUUUAAUGACUUGCCUGAAAUUCUCAGUUGGAUGUAGGUCUGAACUUUCACUAGACCAUUUAACACAUGAGUUUUGUUUGCUCAUAAUAUUAAGGUUAGUUUCCUGCUGGAAGAUGAACCUCUACAGAACCCUUUACUCCCUCAGCCCCCCACACACAUUUUUCAAAUCUAACCAAAAUAGUGUCAGACAUUUUGAGUUUGGUUAGUGCAGGUUUUUGCUUGUGUCGCUAUCACUUUAAGGAUUUUAAUAACAGUUUGAGGUUGGUUAAAAAUGAUGUGCAAUGUUUGUCCGCAAAGAAAUUUGGUUUGUGCUGAAAAUAUGAAGGUGUAAAAGGAAAAAAAAAAGAAAAAAGACACCCCUUUUGUUUUGCUGUGACAUUUAUGUGUUUUUCUUGAAUAUCUUUGAAGCUCUGAUGGCAGAGAAAAUGUUUUACUUCCCUUUACUUCCCUCAGAUGCUCACGCAGUUAAACAUUAAUAAUUUACCAUCCACUUCACAAUUAUCCUCUACUUUGUGUUGGUCUGCCACAUUAAACUCCCACUAAAAUACACUGAAACUUGUGGUUAUAACGUUUUGAAAUGUGGAAAAGUUGAAAGACGUUGAACUUUUUUGCAAGGCACUGUGUUGAAAUAAUUUGUAUGAUAAGUUUUGGUUGUGACCGGUCAGUGAUAUUCAGUAAGAAAAUAGCAUUAAACAUACACACACACACACACACACACCUAUUUGGAGCAGGAAAGAUUGUACCAGAUGGGAACAAUUGUGUUUAUGUUGUAGCAGCAGAGUGAUGCUGAUUAUUAGUGUUGGUUUCACUUAAAUGUGCCAGGUAGUCUUCUGAAUAUGCUCAACGCUAACAAAAGUGGUGUCACCACGCCUGCUGUCAUGUUUGACUCCUUGUUUAUUUGGGCUUUAUUGAGUGUUUUUUUCUUUGUUUGUUUGUUUCUACAAUGGAGGUUUAAACUCGCAAAACGUUUUUCAAGGGUGCUCACGGGUUCCAAAACUAGAGUCACUUUGUUUUAAAUUCAAUAUUUAAAUGUUAAAACCAUGAAAUGGCAUGAUGAAUAAGUUUUGUCUUUUGUUAAGCCACUAAAUGAGCUGGCAAAAAUGUGUUGGAGGUCUGGAAUCUGACCAUUUCUUAAACUUAUUUUUGUCUGCCUGUGCUGUAAAUAUACAUAUAAAUUAACCAUACAAUUAUUUCUCGUGUAUGCCUGCAAAGGUGCUUCUUUUCUUUGUCAAUAUAAUGCAAGUAAAUGCCUUUUUCUUUGCC